AUGAAAAAUUAUUCUCAAUCCCCGCGUUAUUCUCCUAUACCGGUUAGAGGCCAUAGUGAUUUAUAUUCAGUCAAAAAUGAUCGUCCUGAUCUAAUUCACUCAUCAAGAACAAUCGAUCAAGCACAGCAUCAGAGAAAAAAAUUGUAUAAAAAAUCUCCAUCUGGAUCACGCUCGCCUUCUCCACCGACAGACUAUCACAAAUCAUCGUGCGUACCUUCAUCUCACAAUGAUGAUGAAUAUGUGUACACCACUCGUCAAUCAUUACAAACCACUAUCGAGCCAAAGCAAUCGAUCAUGAGUAAAGCUCAAACACGUGAAAAUUCAAAAGUGUCGAAUACUUCAUCAUCUUCAACAUUCAAGCCCUCAAAUCCAGGUGAUCCCAACGUUGCAUAUAUACCCGAUUUACCACUAGAAAACGAUCAAAAUCAAGAACUAGAGAAUAUGAUUCGUCAAUGUUUAAAGGUCAAACACAAACAAGAAGUAAUCGAUAUCAAAUGUAAUACACAAUUAGGUGUCGGUAUAGUUCGUUUAAAAAAUAAGGAGGAAAAGGAUCAUUUAAUUAAUGUACUUAGAAGAAUCAUCCUGGAUACAAAGGUGGAUACUAUCAUUAAAUUUUCAUCUGAUCUUGAGCUCGUUUCCUAUGUUGUUAUUGAGUCGACGAAUAGUAAUGACCUUCCAACUCCUGAAGAUGUGGCUCACAGAUGGGUACAUCUGUACAAAACUCAUCAUCCACUCGCAUGCGAACAACUUUCCGUUCAAUUUCCGAAUAUAUUCCGAAUAGUUACCAAUUCAUUGGAUGAACUCAUCAAAGCUAUGUCAGUCAAAGAAUUUGCUAUCAGUGGUCAACUGGCAACUGUGUAUUUUCGAGCUGAUUGUUGUUUUUUCGAAGAACUACCUCGAAAUGCAAGUUUAGAUCGAUUACGACAAGCUAUCAACUAUCAACUUUCUUAG